ACACUGCCCUGGUGCCGUACAGCUCUGGUGUGGGGUACACGAGGAACACAGGGACUGAAUUAGUUUGUAUUCCCUGUGAUAUUUCUGGGAUCGCGUGCCUGUUUUCUCUGACUGUUGAGAAAUCAGUGAUAGAUAUCUUGAAUGUGUUGGUACAAUUAUCUGCUGUGCCAGUCUGUGAAGUGGUGUGCACCCUGUCCUAUUGAUGUCUGAUUGUCUCUGAUCCUCCGUCACACGACACACUCUGAUACCACUGACGGUUUUACCUGUACACCUUAAAGGUCGGUGCUCCGGUCCAACACAAACGGCCAGAUUACCACAAGGGAUUAGUUCUACCUGGCAGGUAACAUACAGGUAACACAGCCGACAAGUCACCGGGGUCAUAGGUCACUGGUUUUAUCUUGGGUUAAAGAAAUCAGUCAAUUAAUCAAUAGAAGGAUAGAGAGCAGACAGGUUCUCUCAGUGGUCUCAGGUGUUCUAACCAUGUGUACAGGUAUGGAGUGUUUAUAUUUACCUGGAGAAAGGCUACUUCUACCUUAAUUAAUUAGAUCUCCAUAGGUAUGGCAGGAGACUCCGUGGUUAAGGCUGUCUCGGUCAGGCUAGUGGACAGCUUCGCUAUGCAGUGAUACCUGUGUUCUUACCUGACAGGUAUAUAACAGUGUCUUUUGAGGAUAAACAUCUAUUACCUACCUGACCCAGCAAUAUGAUCUUUCACACCUGGAACAGCCGUACCUGUGUCUUGUAACAUUUCUAACAUGUGAAAACAUAUUUCCCUAUGUGCUACUACUAUGUGUGAGGAAAGUAGAUGUUUAUACAGAUGAAGAAGUGCUUCCCUGUACAAUGGAAUAUAAAUCUAAAUAUCUGAAGAAAACAAAAAUGAAAACUGUGUGUUGAAGGAGAGUUACACCUGUGUAGAUAAAUAGAAUGCAAUAUUUAGCGUGGGAUUUACCGGAGGGAUUCGGGAGGUGUUUAUUGAUCUCCCAAUUAGUUUGUGCCUUCAUCUUACCGUUAAAACGGAAUUGUGGAGUAGAAAGUUGAAAUAUGAUGAAAUGGUCUUAUCGCGAGACAAAAGACAAGAGGAAGCGAGGAGGUUUCUUCUCCAGGAAGGCGUACCUACGGGAAGGCGUGGCUCUACAACACCUGGGACAACAUGGAGACGCGCUGGCCGCUCUCUCCUCUGGUCUGGCUCAGGACUCAGCCAAUUCCCAGCUUCUGUCGGGCCUCGUGGAUACCGCCUUGAAGUCUCCUCUCAAAGAAAAAUUGGGGCCAGUGUUUCACCAGCUGCAAAAGUUAAAACUGAACCAAAGUCCAUUUGUCAUCAUCUCUGUGAUUGGUCAGGAAUUACUGGCCUCGGGUCACUACAGUGCUUCUGUGACAAUGUUAGAGGCAGCAUUGACCAUCGGCACCUGCAGCCUCAAACUGCGGGGAUCGGUGUUCUCCGCCCUCAGCAGUGCAUACUGGGGCAUGGGCAAGAUCGACGGCGCUAUCACCAACAUGCAACAUGAUCUGUCUGUGGCAAAGUCAUUGGGUGACUUGGAAGGUGAAUGUCGGGCUCACAGCAAUUUAGGCUCUGCCUAUUUCUCGAAGGGGCACUACAAAGAGUCCUUGACCAAUCACAGAUUCCAGCUUGCCCUGGCAAUGAAACUAAAACAUCGGGAUGCAGCCGCUGCAGCACUGGGAAGCUUAGGCCACGUGUACACUGCUAUCGGGGACUACCCUAAUGCGCUCAACAGCCACAAACAAUGUCUCUUCCUCAUGAAACAAUGUCACGAUAAACUAGCAGAGGCUCGUGAAAUCGGAAACGCUGGUGCAGUGUAUUUAGCAAUGGGAGAGUUCGCUCAUGCAAUAGAGUGUCACAACAAACAUUUAGAAAUGGCCAAAAGUUUGAAAAAUGCAACAGAGGAAGCCAGAGCCUACAGUAAUCUGGGAAGUGCCUACCAUUAUAGACGUGAUUAUGAUAAAGCUAUGUCCUUUCAUAAACAUGUAUUAAGAAUUGCAGAAGCAAAGACUGAUCAAGUGUUAGAAGCUCGAGCCUACGCUGGGCUGGGUCAUGCAGCUCGGUGUAUGCAGGACUACAGCACAGCUAAAAGUUACCAUGAAAAACAGCUUGAAAAUGCCCUUCAGACCAAGGACAAGGUCGCUGAAGGUCGCGCAUGCUCAAACCUCGGAAUUAUUUACCAUCAGUUUGAGGAUCAUAAGUCAGCUCUUAAGUUACAUGAGGUGCAUUUGAAAAUAGCCAAGAAUCUUGGAGAUCGUGCUAGUCAAGGUCGUGCUUUUGGUAACCUUGGUAAUGCCUAUUGUGCUAUGGGGUCAUUUGAACAAGCAAUCAAAUUCCAUAGACAGGAGUUAAACAUUUCCUCGGAGGUAAAUGACCGCCACUCUGAGGGUACCACUCAUGGUAACCUAGCAGUGGCCUACCAAUCUAUAGGAAGUUAUGAUAAGGCCCUACAGCACUACACUGCACACCUUAAUAUCUCUCGUGAGCUCAAGGACACAGUCAGCGAAGCCAAGGCCCUCUGUAACCUUGGUAACUACCAUAGUUCACGUGGAAACCAUGGUAGCGCUGUGAAAUAUUACGAGGAAUACCUGAAUCUUGCUCAGGAGUUACUGGAUUCGGAGGGUGAGGCGAAAGCCUGCUUUAGUCUGGGAUAUGCACAUUUCGCACUUGGUAACCACUUGGAAGCUGUGAGAUAUUACGAACAGGAUUUAUCUAUAGCCCGAGAACUGAAAGACCAGAUGGGCAUCGCCAGAGCUUAUUGCAAUCUGGGAUUGGCCCAUACUGCACUGAAAAACUUUGAGGAUGCUUUGGAGUGCCAGAAAAAGUGUUUAACUAUGAUGAAGAGCAUGAAAAACACCAAGGGGAUUUUUAGGGCACUAGGCAAUAUCGGUGAUAUUACUCUAAAGACUGGAGAAACUGCUGAAGCAAUCAAAAUAUAUAACCAGCAGCUACUUCUUGCCAAACAAUGCAAUAGUAAGGACCUUCUAGGUGGGGCGUAUGGGGCCCUGGGGGCGGCACAUCGAGUGUUAGGUCAGUUUGAUAAGUCGCUUGGUUACCAUACGCAGGAGUUGUCAACACGCCAGGACAUGAAUGACCUCCGUGGGGAAUGUCGUGCACACGGAAACAUCGGAAAUGUUCAUAUGUCACUUGGAAAUUAUCAGAAUGCAUUUAAGUGUUACCAGGAACAACUAGAAAAAAGUCGUGAGUUACAAGACAGUGCAUUGGAGGCACAAGCCUCGGGUAAUCUCGGCAUCACUAAAAUGAACAUGGGAAUGUAUGAGGAAGCCAUUGGCCAGUUUGAGCAGCAGUUAGCCAUGCUGGAACAGGUCAAUGGUAUCUUCAGUAACCAUGACAAAGGACGAGCACUUGGAAACCUUGGUGAUUGUUAUGAAGCACUUGGAGAUUUCGAGGAAUCCAUAAAAUGUCACAACCAGUAUUUAGCAAUAUCACAACAGACGAACAAUUUAUCUGACCAGGAUAAAGCAUAUAGGGGUCUUGGUAAUGCCCACAGGGCAGUUGGUAACCUACAACAAGCCCUCGUGUGUUUUGAGAAGAGACUUGUCGUUGCUCAUGAACUCAACAGUUGCACAGCGAAGGCCUCGGCUUACGGAGAGCUUGGUUGUUUGCACAGCCUGCUGGGUAACUUUGAACAGGCUAUCGCAUGUCUACAACACCAACUGACUAUUGGUACGGAGAUGAAUGACCAGAUGUGUGAGGGCGAGGCUGCGUGCGGUCUGGGUGGGGUGUACCAACAGAUGGGAGACUACGACAAAGCCCUGGAGUACCACGAGAUGGACCUCCAUAUCUCCGAGUCCUCCAACAACAAGGCAUGCCAGUGUCGUGCCUAUGGUAACCUUGGGCUAUCCCAUGAGUCUCUGGGUAACUACAAGGAGUCAAUCCAGUACCAGGAACAGCAUCUCAGCAUCGCCGCGGAGAUGAACGACAGUGUCGCCAGAACUCUUGCUUACAGCAGUUUAGGUCGUGUGCACCAUGCCCUUGACAACCAUACAGAGGCUGUAGAUUACCUUCGUCAGGGGUUACGCAUCGCCGAACAAUUGGGUCGACAUGAGGAUGAGGCUAAAAUUCGCCAUCGUCUCGGCCUGUCCUUGUGGGGUAAAGGUGAUCUGGAGGAGUGUCAACAACAGCUAUACAAAGCCUCCGAUCUGUUUGAGAGUAUUCGACGUGACUCUCAGUUUAACAGUGAAUACAAGAUGUCCUUGUUUGACCUUCAGACAGCCUGCUAUCAAGCAUUACAGAGAGUACUGGUUUCCCUCGGGCAACAUGAGGAAGCGUUGGUGAUAGCAGAGCGGGCAUGUACACGGGCGUUCAUUGAUUACUUACUGGAACGCCAGGCAGGGUCAGAAGGACUAUAUCGUGGUAACGUGGACCCUCCACCUAUCACCACCGACCAGAUCGUAAACAUCGUCACCCGACAGAAAUCUCUGGUCCUCUACUACAGCAUUGCUGCUGGCUACCUUUACAGCUGGCUACUCACCCCAAAACAAGGUAUUGUCAAGUUCCACGAGGCCAACAUGGCUGACCUAGAAAACAUAGAUGGGGAAUCUUUCAACGAUACUCUCAGUAUGAAGAGUGUCAAUUUCGGGUCAUCUUCACUACUUGACCAAUAUGUAGGACAAGUUCGGGAAUCCAUGGGCAUCGACAACUACUCCUCAAGAACUUCUCUGACAUCUAAAGGCGUAGGUUGUGACUCGGACAGUGAAGGAGACGACGUCUGGCAGCAACACCUGGAGGAACUCGGUGACAAACUUAAUGCUGAAAAUGACCGCACAGGUUUCUUACGUAUGGUGAACCGAAACCACAAGUACAACAGUAGUAACUACAGUCUCAGUAGCCUGUUCAGUCUGUCUGUCAGCAUGAACGGACUCGGCUCCAGUUUUCACUCCAUGAACCGUAAAAACAGUCUACGCAACAAAACUAGCAAUAAUACCAAAGCACCAAUCAGCAUGCUGUAUCAGCUACUGAUUGAGCCAAUGGAAGAUGCCCUGACUCAGGCGAUGGAGGAGUGGGGGAUGGGCCCCGUGGAUCUGGUGCUUGUCCUCCAGGGGGAGCUGUACCUCAUACCGUUCUCUGUCCUCCGUAAGGAUCAGACAGAGGAGUAUAUGUUUGAACGGUUCAAUCUUAGUGUCAUGCCGUCAGUGACUGCGUUACAAAACGCGAAAAAGCAUGACAAGCAGGGUCGCCCUGUAAUAGACUCAUCUGGUGCAAUAGUUGUCGGAAAUCCUAAACUCUCUUCCGUCAUCUCUCAACAUUGGCACCUGAAGGAGAUUCCGAGUGCCGAAUAUGAGGCGAGGAUUGUGAGUGAACUAUUGACCUGUCGUCCUCUGAUUGGUCAGGAUGCAACUAAACCUGCAGUGCUACAUCAGAUUGAGCAGGUGGAAGUUGUACAUUUUGCGACUCAUCUGUCCUGGAAACUUGCCUCUAUAGUUCUCUCCCCUGGAGAUAAUAUUUCGACUUCCCACAGAUUUCCAACGAUAGACUCUGAUGACAGCUCAAGUGAUAUAGGUAAUUUUGAUGGACCUGCUCUGUCGGAGUAUCUACUCACUGCAGCGGACAUUCUCAACAUGAAACUCCAUGCCAAACUUGUUGUGUUAAGUUCAGGGUAUACGGACGAUAGAGCAGGAAGGAUAAAUUCUGAUGGAGUUGUGGGACUUACGAGAGCUCUUUUGUCUGCAGGAGCUCAGAGUGUGUUAUAUUCACUAUGGCCAGUGCCUGACCAGGCAGCCAAACUGUUGAUGAGGACGAUGUACUCAUCACUACAGGAAGGUCACCAAGUCACUCAGGCUUUGUCGAGUGGUAUUAAAUCUGUCCAGUGUACGAAACAGUUCUCCCACCCCUCUAACUGGGGUGGCUGGGUCCUUGUAGGACAUGAUGUCCGCCUCAGCAGUAAAGUCGCCCUCAUGGGCCAUGCCAUCUGUGAAAUCCUACAGUCACCUACAGCCUGUCGGGAGGCCAUGAGAGUUCUCCUCCACCUGAUUGAGAAGUCACUCCAGAGAAUCCACCAGGGCAUUAAAAACUCCAUGUACACAACAAGUCAGUCAAUAGAGAACAAGGUGGGCGCUAUCCCCGGCUGGAAGGACCUUCUCCAGGCGGUUGGUUUCCGGUUCGAGUCCGCCAGUAACGGUCUACCGCCUGCUGUGUUCUUCCCUCAGACCGACCCUGGUGACCGACUAACUCAGGCCAGCGCCAGUCUUCAAGCCUUACUAGGAUUACCUCCCAGUUCCCUGGCAGCUCUAUCCAAGUUCUUAUUCAACUACGAGGCAGGAGAAGCCAAUAUCCGAGUGAUGAGAGACAUACUGAGCAAGAUGGCCGCCAAGGAAAGCAACAUUGAUGUGCAGAUCAACGUGAAGUUGUGGGGAGUCCCAGGCUGUCACGAGUUUCUGGCGUCUCUCGGACUAGAUCUGGUUGAAGUUGGUCAGGAUGAGGUCACACUCCGUUUGGGAAAGCAGGCCAACCGAAGACAACUACAGUUUGCUUUGCAAAGUCUUGUCGCUGUUUUUGACACACAGGAAGCCCCUAAGUCUCUGUCUGUGGACAGCUCCAGUAGUCUGGAGAGUCUGUCCUCCUCACACAGUGGUUCUACCUCUACCUCUAACUUCUCCAAGGGGAGUACACCACCUAUCUCACCUCGUAGCUCCCGUAAAAAGUCACUCUUCAACCCGGCCGAGAUGGAGAAGAUGAGGAUGAUGAACAAGAUGCAGCUGAUGAAUCAGGGUGGAUUAUCGGGCCGACAGGUUCACAGAAAGAUGAAGAAAGCCAAUGUAUCUGACCCUGCCAUGAAUCUUCAACAUCAGAGUCGUGUUCGUAACAUGUACCCACCUGGUUCAAGCUCCUCCAUGAAUCUGAAUGUUGACAUGAACGGUAUCCAGGAGAUGAGCGAGAACAGUGAGAGUGAGACAGAUGGACGUGACAGCUGGGACAACAGGAUGCAGGUGUCGACCAACUCCGAGAGUGAAAGUAGUACCAUUCCCGAACCUCGGACAAACUCUGAAUCAGACAAUCAGACAGGAACUGGCCAGUAUCAUGAUGGAAAAGAAAUGAGUCCUGUUCUAAUGACUGAGGAGUAUUCCUUAAGUCGACAGACUAGUAAUCAGAGUGAGUCUUAUUCCUUCGACAGAGCAGAUGACGUACGUACAUCAGCACUGUCGUACACAAGUAACUUAAGUGAAGAUUCAGCUUUGUUAGAGGAACAGAAGAGGAAUUCUUACUCUGAUAGUAGUCAGACAGAGGACAUGUUCCAAAGACAUGAUGGUAAUCGCCAGUCAGAUAUGUCAGACACAAGUGGAAUAAGUGAUCAGUUCAUGGUUUCUCGGAACCAGAAUUUACCUCUAUCAUCACAGCUGGACCCUGUGUUAAUGUCGAGUGAAUCGGGCAUCAACUCUGAGGUGACUUCUUCAAAUCAGAGUGACACAAGUCAACAGAGCAUGGACGCUGUAAACUCACAGUUGGACCCUCAUGAGGUCGCAAUGAAGGUUAUGAGAGACCUCGGCCCUCAGAAGGACAUUCUGGAAGGAUUACAGAUGCAAAGUUUUCUUAAAUCUCAGUCUAACACACAAUUCAUGAGGCGACAAUUUCAGAACUCUUCACAGAUCAGUGCAUUUACCAAACCCUCCGGUGUACAGGAACAAACAACUAGAGAUAAAGAUUCGUCACAGGUACGACCACAGACAGCUCCUAGGCCUAACAAGGUCCCCCCUCCUGUUCCCUCUAAACCCAAGGUACUGCCAAAACCUAGCUCUAUAUCAAACUAUCAGGACGACACUUCCCAGAAUCCCCAGAACCAGGGGAGUUACUACAGCAUGCAGUCCCUGAAAGGUAUAUCAGAGGAUGACCUUUCCACCAGUCAAGAAUCUCCAAGUGUAGACGACAAUGAUAUUUCUUAUGUUGUGACUCGGAGAACAGUUCCCGUUGGUAACAGCAUGUCAGAUUUGGGUCAUAAAAGUAUGCCAGACUUACGGAAUUCAUCUCCAAUCUACAAUACAGGGGGCAGCACUGGUAGUCCCUACUCAGCCAAUCAGAUGAAUUUCAGUAGUUUUAAGCCUCAGGCUGCAUCUUCUAAAAGGAAUGUGAGUAAGGUUGUGGCGGGUGGGGCCAUGCGGCCUGACAGUGCCACCAGCACUAGUAGUUUGUGUUCUACUGGCUCCUCGGUCCAGUCUGUUAUUCACCGACCUUACUUUAAUUCUGUACCUGAUCUGAAUGGAAUGUUCCAGAAGCAGUCUGGUGAUUCAGGUGUGGAUGGUAAUGGAAACAGGAGAAGUCCCUCAGGUUUACCACCACCAUAUAGUCAUGCUGUGAGGACAGCGCAGCUACUCCGGGGACGAAGUCCAGUACAGCAUAACACUUACACCUCAAACAGUCGCAGCUCCACCCCUACCGGGGGUUCCUGUACCAGUCCCGACAGUCUGGGGUCAUCUCAGGGUAGCGGUCAGUACCAGCAGCCUGAUAGCCCUGUGUCUCUGCCCAGUGGUCAGUAUCACAGUGGCUUUAAUACAUCAACCCCCUCAAACCCCAACCAGGAUAAUAAUGGUACACAGUUUGGACAGUCGUACAAUGUAGGGGCCAGAAAUCGUUACACAGCUCAGUUUACUGACUCUAAACCUGGUACUCUUCCUCUACAGCAACAUCGACAGGUUUCCUCGACACCGAACUCUGUAGGUCAGCCAUCAGGGAACUACUCUAGUGCUCCCACAACGCCAGGGACACCUGAACGUGAUGAUGUUUUCCUUCACGCCAGUAGUGGUUGUAAUGUGACCUCUAUUCCCACACAAGGUCACAUGUACCAGCACUCCAGCAGUAGCACAUCAUCGUCAGUAUCACAACACAACCAGUACUACCAGUCAGGCAGUCCUGUCGCCUCUACUGUGUCAGGGGGUGGGAGUCCAUUUCCCCAGUCAGCCAGCCCCACUUCAUCAACUGCUUCUCGUAACAGUCCAUACCAGCAUCUAUCAACAAGCAAAAGGACCAAAUCCAUCCUCAACAGUUCACCAGCCUCUGCCAGGGCAACCAGUAAAAAGCGACCUCAGAAACGUGUCAGUUUCUCUGAUUCUGAACCCAGUGACCUUGAGGGAAACUCCCCUCACCCCUACCGUCCAAUCAAAUCAGGCCCUGUCCCAGUGAAGGGUGUGGUUAAAUUGAAUAUGAAUGACUUCAAAAUGCCAAAUUAUCGGAGUAGACAGCAUCAAAAUGGUGGCGUUCCUAAAGGGGCUGGUCCCCAUAGUAACGGCUAUGUCUCCCAGGGCCCUUUCUUCCCUAACGGCAGUGUGUCUAAACAGGGACCUGUUAUAAAUGGUCACGCACAACACAGUCAGACGUCUGUGUUCAGUAGAAAAAGUGUGAACCCUUCCUCCAAUGUGAGUAGUGGUAAUGGACCUAUCGGGCUAAAGGACUUGUCCUCAACCCAAGGGGGACAACUCCCAGGGAGGAGUUUCUUCGGAAGGGAGAACAAUCGUCCAAUCAGGAGAACUCAAGUUGUGCAGUCAUCGAAGUGCUGAUAUUUUGUGUGCAUGUCAAUAUUUUAUGUUAGAGAACAAAAAACGCAAUUUAAUUGAUAUCAUUUCAUUGUUUACUCCAUGAAUUUAUAAUAUGGUCAUUAGUGUCCUGUCUAUUGAAAUGUAUUAUUUUCAUUCACUACAUUUUUUGUCUGAAAUGAUAUUUGAAUGUUUUUACUGUCUUUUUAUUUGUGAACAAAAGAGUAACAUCAUUGUUUUGCAUGAAAUAGAAUUAAUUAUUUGAUGAAUGUUAUAGUGUAUGUAUAAUGGUGUAUAUUAGUGUAAGUAUACUUUGUAUAUAGAUAUGAAAUGAAUGCCUCUUUGUGCCAAACUUCCCAUUUUCUCCACUGGAGAGUUAUAAACAUUGUAUUAUAAACCAUUGUCUUCACCAUGUCAUGUUACUGUGUAGACAACAUUGUAUUAUAAACCAUUGUCUUCACCAUGUCAUGUUACUGUGUAGACAACAUUGUAUUAUAUACCAUUGUUCACCAUGUCAUGUUACGGUGUAGACAACAUUGAGAAUCUGUAUUUAAAAUCAAAACGUGAAAUCAGAUAGAAAGCAUUUCUCAUAUCAAAUCUACAGUUUAUACUUUAUAAAUGUAAUCAUUUUGAACAGAUCAAUUCAAGUCCAGGUAACACUGGUAUACAUAACUGGUGAGGCCUGCGAGUCCAGGUAACACUGGUAUACAUAAGCUGGUGAGGGCGUCGAGUCCAGGUAACACUGGUAUACAUAAGCUGGUGAGGCCUUCGAGUCCAGGUAACACUGGUAUACAUAAGCUGGUGAGGGCGUCGAGUCCAGGUAACACUGGUAUACAUAAGCUGGUGAGGGCGUCGAGUCCAGGUAACACUGGUAUACAUAAGCUGGUGAGGGCGUCGAGUCCAGGUAACACUGGUAUACAUAAGCUGGUGAGGGCGUCGAGUCCAGGUAACACUGGUAUACAUAAGCAUAAUAACUAAAAUAUCCCUAUCUGUACAGUGUAGAGAAGUGUAUUUAUAUACCUGUGA